GUCUGAGCAAAGGGCAGAAUGUGGAUACAGAAAAAAAAAAAAAGGAAGAAAGCAGGAUAAAUAGGUUCUACACUUAGAGAUCUGAAGGAACGUAUCCAGCUAGGCUGCUGCAGAAGAAAUGAGCAUAAUUUACAUAAUUUCGGUGUUCGCAAGGGAGCUGCCUGGAUACUUUAUCUUUGGCUGGAUCUUCAUGCCUGUGACUUUACUCCUACUGCUGCUCAUUGUCUAUUUCAGGAUCCAACUAUCAAAAGUUGAUAAGGAGCUGGCCAUGCUGUAUGACCCCAGAAACACCCUCCCAAACUACGACAUCAAUCAGCAGAAAACAUGGAGAUCUCGGAAAAACGCAAACAAAUAGGGGAACUGAAUGACAUUAAAGGGAGUCUCAAGCCUCAGGAUACAAGGUUACAACCAGUGCUCAGCUCUUCAGGCUUAAAUACAACCAGCUGAAGAUAAAUAUCAUAGAGGAGAACAAAAUGGAGAGAAGCUAGUGGCAUGCGGUACUAAUCAAACAGGUGUUGCCAUUCAAAAAGACCUCAUAGCAGUUUUGCUCUCUCACCUGUGGCCAAGCGAUCAGUACUUUCAUCAGCCCAUCAGACACCAGAGACCUCCUGCAAUGUACCGCAUCAGUUUGUUUAUGUGGCACAGGAUUCAGUGGGAUAGAAAGCACCUUGCUCACCAGUCCUUCACCAGCCUACAGAGAAGUACAUUCAAUAUUUAACAAGCUCCUAGGAGAGCUGAGUUACAUAUACAGUGAAGGCCGUCAUAUUAAAUUGAAAAUGCAAAAAUAAUAAGUUCAUACCAAGCAAUGACAUCUAGAAAUUGAAAAAGGGUGAUGGGGGGGAACUGACUUAUUUUUAUCCGCUUGUAUACUUUGUGAAAGAUCGUAGGUUUUCUAAAGUAUGGAAAUAAAAUAUGACAAUGAUGGGAAACAGAAGGACAUCGCUGAUCUUGCCAAAGUUUGAAAAAAUAGAAUGUUGUAAUCAGUAUUUUUCCAAACACUUAUUACUUUAUCCUGAGGACAAAUCUUGAAUAAAUUCUUACAAAAAGAAAUAACGAAAAAAAGA